UUUUUUUCAAGUCAUUAUUUUGACAAUGACCACAAAACUAAGCUUGUAUGUGUAAGAUAAAUUUUUUGUAUCAUUUAGAUCUUUUCUAUUUUCCUCGAUUUAAUUGAAUUCAAUUGAAUCUACUUCCUUUGCCUCUCCUUCUUUCUCUCUCUGUUUUUUCAGACAAGGUCUGAAACAUGGAAGAAGGAGAAAAAAUGGGCACAAUCAGAGUACCGAAAAUAGUUCCUAGUCCAGGCAAUGAUUGUAAGAAAAUCGAAGAAGCUUUCAGAGGAUGGAGAACAGAUACGAAGGAGAUCAUAAGGAUUUUGGGUUGCAGAAAUUCCAGCCAGCGCAAGAAGAUCAGAGAGAUAUAUCAACAUCUUUACAACAAGCCCCUCACUGAUACUCUCAAAUCCAAGCUUCCUCAUGAUUACUUGGUUUUUUCUGAUUUCAAGAAGGCAGUAAUUAUGUGGACGAUGGAUCCUUCCGAAAGGGAUGCGAAAUUGGCCAAUAAAAGCUUGAGAAAGAAGAAGGGUGUUGAUCAUCUCCAAGUGAUCAUAGAGAUUGCCUGUGCAUCAACUCCAGAACAUUUGAUCGCUGUGAGGCAAGCAUACUGUUCCCUCUACAAUUGCUCCCUUGAAGAAGAUAUCACAUCCAAUGUGUCCUUGCCUCUAAGAAAGCUUCUUUUGUGCUUAGUGAGUUCCUACAGAUAUAACAGAGAAGUGGUGGAUGCAAAUCUUGCCCAUUCAGAGGCUACUGUGCUUCAGGAAGCUAUUGAGAAGAAGAAGUUGUAUCAUGAUGAAGUGGUAUUGAUACUCAGUACCAGGAAUAAGCAUCAACUCAAAGCAACAUUUGAGUGUUACAGACAAAACUAUGGGAAUUCCAUUUAUCAGGACAUAGAGAGCAGUGGCACUGGAAAUUCGGAAUACAUCUUAAGAUUGGCAAUUUUGUGCAUAGAUACCCCUGAGAAACACUUUGUCGAGGUUGUGAGAAAAUCAGUUGUUGGACUGGGAACAGACGAGGAUUCGUUAACUAGAGCCAUUGUAACUCGAGCUGAAGUAGAUAUGAUGAAGAUCAGAGCAGAGUACUUCAACAUAUACAAAAGUAGCCUUGACAAUGCAGUCAUUGGUGAUACAUCAGGAGACUACAAGGAUUUCUUAGUCACUUUGCUUGGAGGAAAAAUAUGAACCAUACUACCUAGAAAGCACAAUUAUAUUAUCAUGACAAACCACAUGGGUUAUCUCUCUCUCUCUCUCUCUCUCUCUCAUGUGGAAUAUAAUGUAUUGUUAGCUUACUUGCAGUUUGUAAAUUCUGAUAUUAGCUACUCGCACAUGAUCUUAUAUCAAUUUUUUGUACAAAUACUUCAAACAUCAAAGUUCAAAAAUAGAACUUAUUCAAGAUUUGAUGCACUUUCCUGUACCAUCCAUGAUAGUGCUACACAGUUCAUGGUGGAAACUAUUGAAGGUUAGUUUAGUUUGGGAUUUUGACA